AGCGAUCGCCCCACCCCACGUGACCAAUACUACCUUCAAGAUGGGCUUCAAGAUGGCAUCAAGGAAUAAAAUACUCGAAGAAAAACCACCUGAAAAACGCCCUGUUAAUGGAUAUCACACUAAAGAAAACGGCUAUGUACCUAGAAGAAACGGUGAAGUCAAGAAAGAUGCUGUCGAAUUCCAUGAAGAGUUUGAAGAAACUCCGCUUUUGGUGGCAGUUUUGACGUACAUUGGGUACUUCGUCCUGGUCGUCUUCGGUUACCUUCGAGAUUUUAUGCGAAAUUACGGAAUAGAAAAAUCCAAAACUAGCAAGGAAUACGCUAAUGAGGGAUUUGUUCCUUUAUAUUCAGACUUUGAAAGCUUCUAUACAAGGAAUUUAUACGUAAGAAUAAGAGAUUGCUGGAACAGGCCGAUAGGAAGUGUUCCUGGUGCACAGAUUGAUAUUGUUGACAGAGCAACUGAUAAUUAUGGAUGGACAUUCAGGUUUCCUGGUACACAAACCAAGGCCUUGAAUUUGGGUUCGUAUAAUUAUUUGGGAUUUGCUGAAAAUGAAGGACUGUGUGCAGACUCUGCUGAAACAGCAGUUAAAGAGAAUGGAAUAGCUGCUUGCAGUACUAGACAUGAAUUUGGUACCCUUGAUAUUCAUGUUGAGUUAGAGAAAAUGGUUGCCAGAUUUGUUGGAAAAGAAUCAGCAAUGGUGUUUGGUAUGGGUUUUGCUACCAACUCCACUAAUAUACCCAUCCUGGUUGGUCCUGGUGACCUUAUUAUCAGUGAUGAGUUAAAUCAUUCCUCACUUGUACUGGGUGCCAGACUUGCUAAUGCAAAAAUUAAAGUAUUUAGACACAAUGAUAUGAAAAGCUUAGAAAAUAUUUUAAGGACAUCAGUAGUCCAGGGUCAACCCAGAACUCAUCGCCCAUGGAAAAAAAUAUUGAUUAUCGUAGAAGGUGUAUACAGUAUGGAAGGAUCCCUUGUGCGACUGCCAGAGAUAGUAGAACUGAAGAAGAAAUACAAAGCAUAUCUAUACCUGGAUGAGGCUCAUAGCAUAGGUGCUAUAGGACCCACGGGAAGAGGAGUGGCAGAACAUUUUGGUGUGAACACUGCCGAUAUUGAUAUCAUGAUGGGUACUUUUACCAAGAGUUUUGGAGCUGCUGGAGGUUAUAUAGCUGCUUCAAAGGACAUUGUAAGUCACAUCAGAGCAUGUUCGCACAGUGCUGCUUAUGCUUGCUCCAUGUCACCUCCUGUUGUUCAACAAAUCUACACCAGUAUGAAAAUCAUUCUCGGUGAAGAUGGUACUAAUAAAGGAAUGCAAAGAAUUAAAACAUUGGCAGAUAACACAAAGUACUUCAGAUGCCGUUUAAAGGAGAUGGGUUUCAUCAUAUAUGGUCAUGAUGCUUCUCCAGUAGUGCCGCUAUUACUAUACAUGCCUGCUAAAAUAGCUGCAUUUGGUCGUGAGAUGUUAAAAAGAAAUAUAGGAGUGGUAGUCGUUGGUUUUCCCGCCACGCCUAUCAUAGAAUCCAGAGCAAGGUUCUGUUUGUCUGCAGCGCACACAAGAGAGAUGUUGGAUAAGGCAUUGGAAGCAAUUGAUGAAGUUGGUGAUAUCCUACAACUUAAAUACUCCCGAAAGCUGAAAUCAAAAUGAAAUAAUACAUUAUCAUUCAUCAAUGGCACAAAACAAAGACCAGGUACAGAGGCCAUAAUAUCCUCUAUGAAAUCAAAUGAAUCUAGUGUUUUGCCUUUUCAGAUCAUGUGUCAUUCCCUUGAGUAUUACUUUGUUUGUCAGUAACAGGAUUUCAUACUCAAAGGAAUGGCAUGCCUGAACAUUAUCCUCUAGAGGAUUGGGUUUAUGAUCUCUCUUCUCUUAUGGUAUAAUGGGAUUCAGGUCAUUGUAAUUCAUUGCACUAGUUGUACAUUACAAUAAUUAUUUAAACACAUUUUACCUAGUUGUACAUUUCAAAUAAAAUCACUUAAUACGGUAGAAAUUAUUCCCAAUUUCCAUUUCGCUCCUUUGAAUUUUUUUCACAUUUUAUUAUUUUUGUCAAAAUGUAAAAUAGAGUGAAGUCAUCGAACCUGUUAUUACACUAAGGCCUAGGGCAAACGUCGAACUUUCCAUGCACCGAAUUCAUUAAAAACAAUGGAUAUCAGGUGAUAAUGAGGCAGCAUUCUUUGAUGCAAUUAAGUUCAGUGCAUCUUCGACGUUUGCCCUAGGCCUAAUACCCAUUGGUAGACUCUAAUUCCAUUUUUUCCCUUUGUCUACUAGUAUUUCUUAUUUCACCAGUUAAAUGUCUUCUUUCUAAUGCUCUGUGAUCAUUUGUAUCAAGUAAUAGAAUAAUGCUUUGUGAUAAUCUUUGUCAAGAUGUAGAAUAUUGCUCUGAUAAUUUGUGUCAAGGUGUAGAAUAACUCUCUGUGAUAAUAGAGCAUCCAUCUAGAAUUAACACAAGGCGAUGUGCUCAAUUCCCAUCGGAGAAUUUUUUAACUGGUUCCCGUACUUUCAGUGACAUGCUGAAUAAAUCUCCCAUUUCAUGAUAAUAAUUGGCAGUUUCGCUGUAAAAUAACCAUGAAGUUUUCCUCUUUUAACUUUGUAUCCCAGGUUUGAGUGCAAAUUAAAAAUGAUAAUUUAAUAAUUUUCAGCAUCAGAAUUAAAUCAAGCUUUUUUUGCCACUAAUAAAAUACAGAAUUAUAGUACAAACACUAUAAGUGUGCAACAUAAAUACCACUAAAUACUGCUAAAUUAUGCUAAUCCUAUUGUUUAAUUAGCACUAUUUGCUACUAAAUAGUGCAAAGUGUUGCACACUUUUAGUGUUUGUACUCUACAACUUAAUGGUUAAUGACUGUUUAUCUAAAUAAAAUAAUUUUAUGAACAAUACUAUUAACAAUACUAUACAUUUUUUUGAUUUUUCAAACUUCCACCUAUUUUUUUAAUAUAUAAUUAAAUUAGUUAUAAAGAUAAAACAUGGUUAUUGAAUAGUGUGUUGUAAUCAAUGAUUGAUACUAGAACAGUAUUAUACACCUAUUUCAAAAAAUGUUAUCAUUGCUGAAAACUAUAGGCGAAAAAGAACAUUGAAUCAGUCUCAACACAAAGGUCCAUGUUUUUGACGAGAAUAAGAAGCAGAAACACAGGUCAUUCCAGCUGUUCUUGGAUCUUCGAAUAACUUAUUUCCUUUUGCUUUUUGUUUAUCAGCUUUGUCGAUGACCACGUUUUAUAUUGAAAAAGGUGUAUGUAAAAAGUACUAGUAUGUUUCCAUUCUAUAAGAAAAUAAAAUUGUAGUGUGAUUUUA